AUGCCAAGAAGUGGGACAUCGAUUCCAAACUUAUCGUGGAAUUGGAAACCUUUGCGCAAAUCAGUUGAUAUAACGGAUACCAAAGAUGAAGACAAAGUCCGUAUCCAUCGCUCCAAUUCACAAAAGCGUCACAUCUGUCCUUUGGAUGAAAUAUCAGCCGAUUCUUAUCAAACGAUAUGUUUGGGAAAUAUGUCGACCAGUGCUCUGAGGAAUCCCUUCUACAAUACCAUCACUACCUCCCAAACACAGCAUUGGCUUCGUCUCGAAGAAGCUAUUCUGGAGCUGUUCGAGAGGUCGGGUCCGGUGUUGCUGAGGGCCGGCACUCUAAUUGGCAUUCAUGAACACGUGAGACAUUUGUUGGACUCAAAUAUCGGGUCAUUUGUCUACGACCGCUAUAACAGCCAUAUGUUGAAGAAAGGGAUGACAAUACUUAGAGAGAGACUCAACUCAAUGCCUAACAUUAUUGACGGAUUGUGUGACAUUUGGACUCAAUUUUAUUCAAAUAUAUUGCCCAAUUUGGACUCGAUACUUUUCAGAGUUAAGGCUAAGUGUGGACUAACCGUAAGACAGACAACACUGAUUGCAUUCAGAGAUGAAGUUAUUUUUGAAACGAGUUUCGAAGACAAACUCAAAGAUCUCGUAAAUGAAAAGAAAGCAAUUCCUAUGGAUAUUAAGCAUAUGUUGUUAGUGUUGCAGAGUAUCUAUGAAUGCUACCCUCCGUCCAAAAACAAGAUUCACAUCGAAUUAUUAACGGCGCUUACAAUCAGCCCUUAUAUGGGGUACAAAGGCUUAUAUUUAGAGCACGACAUUAGCUCGGUUGCCGUCCCGUCCCGUGAGCCCCAUCUGAACGCCAAACGCAAGUCGAUAGACCUAUUGUCGCGAUCCCUAUCCCGACCCCUAACUAUGCAACCGAAACAAUUGGAAACACUGAACGAGUUGUUUGCGUCGGCCAUCAGGAAAAUCAACUAAACUUUUCUCAACUCAUCCACACUUUUGUCAAUUCAACAAAAACUCAUUUAACAGCAGAUAAGAGCUGAUACGUGCACUACAUGUCAGUUAUCUGUUAUUUUUUGAUCUCCACUUCUCGUCG